AUGGCUUCUUAUCAUAUCCACCAGUACCAGGAGAGGGACCAUAAACAGGUCCUGGACUUGUUCUCUAGAGGCAUAGAGGAGCACAUCCCCGCCUCCCUCCACCAUGCAUUGAUGCUGCCCCGAACCCUCCUGGUUUUACUUGGGUUACCCAUUGCCCUGGUCCUAGUGUAUGGUUCCUGGCUGCUGGCCGUUAUGUGUGGCUUCCUUCUGCUUCUAUUACUGUGGCUCCUUGCCAGACAGCCCUUGAAGAAGUUUGUGGCCAUGUGUUUACACACAGACCUGGCUGACAUCACCAAGUCCUACCCGAAUGAGCUUGGUUCCUGCUUCUUGGUGGCUGAGACUGAGGACCAGGUGGUGGGCAUGGUGGCUGCUCGGCCAGUCAAGGAUCCCUCAUUAAACAGGAAGCAGCUGCAGCUCUUUCACCUGUCUGUGUCCUCACAGCAUCGAGGACGGGGAAUUGGGAAAGCACUGAUCAGAACUGUCCUCCAGUUUGCACGAGACCAGGGCUACAGUGACGUUGUUCUUCGUACCACUGUGCUGAUGCAUGAUGCUAUGGCCCUCUAUGAGGGCAUGGGUUUCCAGAAGACAGGCAAGUCCUUCUUCAACACAAUAGCGAAGCUACUGACUGUCCCUUCAAUUCAUUUCAGGCUUCCACUCCCUUUGGCUCAGGAACAUGAGCUAUGA